AUGUCUCACUUUGCGAGAGCCAAUCUCUCUCCCAGCGAUCCGGGGUACUAUGAUACCAACUCCAAGAUGAUAUACAUCCCUGUGGGGGUCUUCCUAGGUAUCUGUCCCAUCAUUGUCGGUACCAGAAUUUGGUCAAGGUUGGGUAAUGGAGGACACCUCGGUGCCGAUGACUGGACUAUUCUAGUAUCACUUAUAUUCGCCCUCGCUUCAAGUGCAAUUAUGCUUGCCGCUUGUCACUAUGGCUAUGGAAGACACACUUAUAGUUUGUCUGCCUACGACAAAUACCAAGCCUUCAAGUACUUCUAUCUCUGCCAGGUGACUUACAAGGCGUGUAUCAACUUGACAAAGGCGUCAAUCCUCCUGCUAUAUCUGAGAAUCUUCAGUAAUACGAAGUGGUUCCGAUGUGCGUGCCGCUUCAUGCUGCUCAUUGUGGUCAUGUACUGCAUCGCAUCAGUCACAGCAACGAUAUUUCAAUGCACGCCGGUCACCAAGGCAUUCGACAAGUCCAUGAAGGGUACCUGCAUUGACAAUGGGAAGUUCUGGUACGCUAACUCGGGGUUUUCUAUCGCGACUGAUAUCAUCAUCCUCACCCUUCCCAUGACUCUUGUCUACGCAUUGCAGAUACCAAGAGUCCAAAAGGCUGCCCUAAUGAUAGUCUUUGCUCUGGGUGUAUUCGUGGUCAUCACUUCUUGUCUAAGAGUUACAACCAUAGAUAUUCAGGCGAAGACGCCAGACCCGACUUAUGACAUUGCAUCUACCAUGUGGACCAUUAUUGAGAUGAACGUGGCGCUCGUGUGUGCCUGUCUUCCGCAAAUACGUCCUCUCAUUAUCAAGUGGUUCCCGAGGCUGAUGCCCGUCUACUACUCCAAUUCCCACGAACAGUCGGAUAAGCGCCCAGCUUACAGUAGCAAUGGCUUGUCAACGUCUCAUCCGAGUAGCAGCGAGAGUCAUUCCAAGUCGGAAGAGGGUAAAUGGAUGCGCAUGAAUGCCGGGAAGGCUGGAUACGAGGGCGCCAACCGAUCCGAUUCUCGUAGGGCCGAUUCCAGCUCAGACGAGUAUAUGCUACACGAGGAAAAGGGACUUCAAAUACAAAAGACUGUGCAGUACACUGUCGAGUACUCCCCGGAUGGCAAGCGUGGUCCGUAUAUGGGAUCAAUGGUAUGAGGUUCGGAGCAAAUUCCCUACACGGCAUAAUAUUGUGGUAAGCUUCCCGGGAAAAAAGGACACGGGCCGUAUUUUUAGAUGAUCUUUGGGUCGUAUUAUCCUUCUUUCAGAUUCCCUAGCUUUUAUGGCUGUUUAAAGUUUAAGAUCGCGUCAAAUGUCUUUGACUAGCUUAUUUUUAAACGAGUUACAGGGGAUAUUAGUGUUUCC